AGAUAGUGUGUCAAUAGUGCAAGGUCCUUUAUUAGUAUAAUUAAACAGACCAGCUGAAGGUUUAUAAAGACAGGGCUUCCUUUCCCUGAAUAACUCGCUACCUGUUGCUGCAACUGCAACCUCAUCAGAUCAUCAGAACAAAGAUGGCAUCCGUUUUUCAUUUUGGCCUGCUCUUGCUGAUUAGUGGACAGCUGCUUUUGACAGCUACAGCUGCUCCCACCAAUUCACCUGAAGUCACUACAAGUGUCACUGGAUGUCCAUCCAGUCAAAGUGACUGCACCUCCGGUUGGGUUAAGUUUCAAGGGCGCUCUUUCAAGCUUUUGCAAGUUCCACUGAAUUUUGGAUUCGCAGUGUUUUCCUGCUUUUUAAGGAAUGCAAGUCUGUUAAAGAUCAAAACUAGAGAUGAGAUCCCAAUGCUGGCAGCUAUGGUCCAUGCCGCAAAUCCAAACAUCACUUCUGUCUGGACUGGGGCCAUUGAUACAGCUGGCAUCUUUCAAGCAUCGGACAGAAGAUGGAGGUGGACUGACGGCAGCCUAGUUAACAAGACCUAUAUUACUGACGAGAGUGACGGAUCCUGCAUAAAAAUGAAGACCGGAGGAAUAACAAUGUUCAAAAGUGAAGAGUGUGAUGAAUCUCUACCUUACAUCUGCAGUAAGAAUGUGUAAUGGCUGCCAUGUCACAGCCUCCAUGAUGAUGACAUCAUUUCCACCAAGUUAGGCCUCGAUGACAUCAACACUGAAAAGCUUAUUGAUUAUUUUAAUCUUUCAGUUACCUGGAAUUGAAAGUGAACUGAAAUCUGCUUGCCUUCAAUAAAGACAAAAAAAUACAUUAA